GCUGCCGCGUCCUCCUCCUCAUCCUCACUGUGAACCGCUGGAUUAAUUUCAAUCACUUCUAUUCUUUUUUUAUACAUCCUCUAGAGGACAUUAAUCAGUUUUAGUUUGGAUUUGUUUUUAAAUCAAACGGAGCCCGACAAACAAGAUGCGUCUGAUCCAGAACAUGACCACCAUCGCUGAGUAUCCGGCGCCCGAGUUCCCUGCGCCCAACCGGGUCAUCAAGAUCGCUGUGGUAGGAGGCAGCGGGGUGGGAAAGACAGCGCUCGUGGUGAGGUUUCUGACGAGGCGCUUCAUCGGAGACUACGAGCGAAACGCUGGCAGUCUGUACUCCAGAGAGGUUCAGGUGGACGGAGAGCAGGUGACCAUCCAGGUUCAGGACACUCCUGGUGCGGAGAUGACUGAUAACGGGAUCAGCCUCCCCGACCACGUGUCCUGCUCCAUUCAGUGGGCCGACGCCGUGGUGCUGGUGUACUCCGUGACCGACCGUCGCAGCUUCGACUUGAUCGAUCAGCUGCACCAACUGGUCGUCCGCACAGGCGGCGCCAAUGUGCCCCCGGUCAUCCUCCUGGCCAACAAGGCGGACUUGCUGCACCUGAGGCGCGUAGACUCCCAGCAGGGCCCUUUGCUGGCGGGGACGCUGGGCUGCUCCUUCUUCGAGGUGUCCGCCAGCGAGGACUACAACCAGGUGCACGGUGCUUUCCACAGGCUGUGCUGCCAGUUGGGCAAGCAGCAGACGCCACCGCCGCCCUCCACCUCCUCUGCCAGUGCCACCACAGAGAAGAGGCGCUCGCCUCUGAUUCCCAGGCCCAAAUCUCCCAACAUGCAGGACCUGAAAAGGCGCUUCAAGCAGGCGCUGUCGGCCAAAGUGAGGACUGUCACCUCAGUGUGAGGACACGAUGAAAGUGACCCAGAGCGGCCACAGAAAGAAAGCAUUGAAGCUGGGAAAGACGAUGGACACGGUCCGUGUUUCACUCAAGUCCUGCGCCGGUGUGGGUGAAGGGUGCAGAUGUGAGGUGAAUGGCCUCUGAAUAGUGGGGUGACAGAGUUAACGUGGGCGGGCAGGGCUCUCUUCUGUCAGGUAACAACGUGUUGAGAGAGGCUGUGAAGUUUGGCACCUGUUCAGGAGAGAAAAGACACCUGAGGACAUGAAGCAGCUGGUGCACACCGGCUGAACUACAAACUCUUUGCAUAUAAAAAAAGACCAAAAACCAUGUAAAUCAAUCUCUCCUGGCAACAGCAGGGCCCAAGGACUACUUAUUUUUAGCUGUGUCCCAUUGUCGCGGCUCUUUAUUCAGACUGCUACUACAUGGCACCACUGAAUGCUGGUAUUAUUAUACCAACCACUUAAGCCCGGGCUCUGUGCAGCCUCGUUUGUGCUUGAUCUUUUUUUUUUUUUUUUUUUUUAUGUCAAUGUUUGCGGUGUAUUUUUGUUGUUGUUGAAUUGACCAUCAUUGUCCAUGACGGUAUGAUGAGGGUGGGAUCAUAGAGGGUGGAGGUCCAACGGGACAGCAGAGUAUGUAGCAUGAGUUGGAUGUUAUUAUCACUGCUGCACUUUAUGAAAAGGAAAAGUCCAAAGGGCCUGUUGUUAUUUAUCGGUUACAGACUCACCUUUUGUGCACAAUAAAAUGAUGAAUUU